GCGUGAGCUGCAGCAGCAUCCUUGUUUCCUUCUGCAGGCAAGGUGUUUGCUUAAAUGCUUCUGAGAUGAGCAUAUGCGCCCUGGGUGGUUCGAGUAUUUGCAGUUUGUUCUCCUUGCCUGUUCAGCUCUAAAAAUGAUUUGCUACCACACUUGUUGCGCUCACAAGUACAUUCUGAAUCAAGAUUACAUUUCAUACAUUCGUCCUGUAUUUUUUAAACCCGCCUUGUGUUAGGAAUUUGGAAUAAAAUUGUGAAAGCAGUAUAUGAAGGGCACUUCUGACUUUACUUUUACCAUGACGCAGGUUAAUCCAUCAUCGAAACAACAUAAAGAGGCUGUCCUAGUACCAAUCAGGAUGAAGUUCAGAGGCGUAUGCAGGAAGCUGUACGAUUACGUGCGGUAUGAUCUCAGAGAGAUUGCGUUCCCGUCUUCUCUGCCAGACCCUCCGGGCACCAAGAGGCGUCCUAAGCUCUCACUGAAUGAGAAAUGGUGCAUCCUCAAGGAGGCAACCAGGCUCUAUGUCGCUUCCUGGGUCAGGGACAUCGGUCCUGAGCUCAGGCCAAAUGAUUACAAGCUCAAAGAGGAACCUGACCCCAACAUCACCGAGGAGGGGAAGACUGCAAGUGAGCCUACCAUGCUUGAGGAUCUUGUGGUGGCAGCGAGGGGUGGGGCAGAGGCCCUGAAGCCUGCGCUGCAUCGCAUAUACAUGGGCCGUGCCUCGGCAUACACGAGUGCGGUGAAGAACUACGUGGAGACCUAUCAAGAAGGGCUGAAGGGUGUCUUGGAUGAGAAGGCUGCUGGAAAAGGUCACCAGCAAGUCAAUGAGGCAACAAAGUCGUCAACAGCACCACCACCGCCAUCAUCAUUGUGAAUUUAUUUGAGUUUACGAGCAAAUAUUAUCGUCAGGAACGCAGCUUAGUUCAUAUACCUACUUGGUCAGAGUUGAUGCUCUUCUAGUUGUGUACAACAGACAUUGGG